CUGUCUGAGAACACUGUUUAUGACGUCCUGUGGUUUGCCGAUCUUUAUAUGUUACCGGGUCUUAAGAGACAGUGUGCCAACUGCAUCAGUAAAUUUAUCAACUCCAGUAACGUUCUACAAAUCCUACGAUCAGCGCGACUGUUUAACCAGGCAAGGCUAGAGGACCAGUGUUCCGAAUUUAUUGCCAUCAAUCUGGAAAAUUUCGUUCACAGAGAGGACUUUUCUCAGCUGGUGAGGGAAGACGCGUCCGAAAUCAAAGGGAGACAAGAGACCGACUCCAUCGGAAUCAUUGACGACAUCCGCUUCCACAUCACUAACUUUGUACAAACCUACAGCGAAAUGGAGGAGGCCAACGAACAGUUACGCCUGGUCGACGAUCUGCUAGAGGACCUCAAUUUGGACGGAUAAACACAGUCACGCAUGAAUGAUCAGUAUAAACAGGGAUGGACUACACUGGAGAACAAGGAUUAGGAUGGAUAACAGUCACGCCAAAUAUCUCAUGUUAAAUGAUGAUGAGUAACUCAGUGAAACAUGAAUGCUUAGUUAUAAUUUGGAUAGAUAAAUGUGCAGUCACACAUGAAUGAUCAGUUUGAAUUAAGCUGGGUGAAUGAUCACAGUCAUGCUUGAAUGCUCAGUCCAGGAGAAUUUUGAUCACAAAAAAUAAACAAUAUGGUGCAUGUAGGGUUUACACAUUAUGAGUGAAGAACCUAAAAGGGUAAAAUAAAUAAAUGAGAAAUAGAUAAUAACUAGUGCUUGAAUAUAAACAGACAUGUAUAUACAGUCAAACUUCAUUAUAUUGAAAUCAAUGAUAUGGAGAUAAAUAAGGAUUUAGAAUAUUGAGGUUUAAAUAAUAUAAUUUCUUGGACGUCCAAGUCACUUCGACAUAUCCAUGGUAUUUGAGAUAUGGAUCAUGUUUGAGAUGCUGAAGUUCUACUGUAUAUCUGCAUAAGAUGUAAUAAUAUAAUAUACAUUAGAUGUAUAUAUAAAAUGGUAAGAUGCUUCCACAGUGCUCGGUAUACAGAACAAAUCAGGUAUAUGUCAAGAACCGAAUUAAAAGGUGCACGUCUUGUAUUAAUAAAUAAGCUUUUUACCAAAUAUGUAUGUCCAUCCUUUAAAGAUGUUUAAGUUCUGGUCAAGUUUUGUUUGUUAUUGUUGUUUUUUUUCCUACUGAAUAAUGUUACUUAACUAUUUAUGAUACUUUGUUACCAUUGCUGUUAUUUGAUUUAUUAAGACAGUAGACGUGCUAUCUAUAUAGUUAUUACCUGUUAUUAAAGCUGUUAUUGUUAUUCUGCUGUUUGAUUUUGUUAUAUUUGAUCUGUAUCAUUUUUUCUUCAAUCCUUCAGAAUAUUUAUAAGUGAAGUUUCUGGGCUCCUGGAUAUGAAUCAAUCAGUGCUCUAGUAUUUUAUGACAUGUGUGGUGAUUUUUUUUUUCUAUUUGAUGUGCAACUUUCUUUAAUAGUUUGUUACAUUUCAUAAAUAUCUAAUUCUGGGGAAAAUGCUUUAGGCAUGCCAUAGUCUUUCUUUUUUUAAAUUCAGUCACAGUGCAGAAUGAAUGUUGUCAAAUUUUGAUGUUUUCUGUUCUUAAGUAGAUAUUUUAUAUUCUUUAAAAAAAAAUUCAAUCAGUACUCUUUAUUAAAUUUUAAUCUAAUUUAAAUAACUUGGACAUGAAGUGAAGUAUAAGAGGAACAUUUUAGUCCACAUUAUUUUAAUAAACCACAUUUCUUACAAAAUAUGCUUACAAUGUUCCUAUUGUUUUUUGUAUUAAAUUUUUAAUGUGUUUCAACUUUUUUUUCGACGUGUUUUGCAUAGUACUUUCUUUCACAUAGUGAUGGAAUUAUAAUAACUAUUAACUGGAACACCAAAAAGAAAUGUCUAGGUUUUUUUACCUUCAGUCUGUGUUUGAUUAUUAAGAGAUCUUGUUAUUUAUAAUACCUGUAUUUACACCUGUUUUAAGGUGAAUGGAACCUUUUGAUGUUAUUAUCUACACAUUUAUAAAGGUAUGAAAUAGA